CUUGUAUAUAUGUGGACCACUGUCAGUCAUUUUGUACCUGUCUGUCAAAGAGCUGUUUAGUUGUCUGUGUGCAGACUGCAAUAGCUAUGGGCUUUUUGGGAAUGCUGUGUGUAGUUCUUUUGGUCUUUGAUGCUGCAGGCUCGUCUGUGUCCGUGGCUCGAAGUUUUAUUGUGGGUGGAGAGGAUGCUUCCAAGGGCAGCUGGCCGUGGAUGGCCUACCUGGAAAUCGUUGCUUUCAACAUGACUUUUUCCUGUGGCGGUUCCCUCAUCAACGAGGAGUGGGUGCUCACUGCUGCACACUGUGUGGACCCUGAAGACAACAUUAUAAUGGAGCAGUCGUAUGUUCAUCUGGGAGUACACAGCCUGCAGGAGAUGGGAGAUCCAGACGUGGUUGUUCGAGCCAUGUCAGACAUAGUUGUUCACCCAGAAUAUGACUCACGCUUUUGGGGUGAACUCAAUGACAUCGCCCUGGUGAAGCUGAAUCACAGUGCCUGCUUGUCCCAUCUGAUUAUGCCUGUAAAGCUGCCUGGACCGGAAGAUAUCUUUGGCCAUGAAUCUGAGUGCUGGUUGACUGGCUGGGGUGAUAUCGACAUGGAGGUACCAUUGUCUGGCCGUGAGAUCCUGCAGCAGGUGAAAGUGCCCCUUAUUAGGCAGUGUGCCUGCCUGGAAGCUUACCCUCUUCUCAAUUCCGGCAUGGUGUGUGCAGGGUUCUGGGAGGGUGGAAAGGAUACGUGUCAGGGGGACUCUGGUGGGCCAUUAGUUUGUCUAUCUGGUGGUAAGUUUGUCCAGGUGGGAAUCACAAGUUUUGGGAAUGGCUGUGCUAAGGAAGGUUUCCCUGGAGUUUACACCCGUGUGGUCCGCUACAUGGACUUCAUCCUGGACACCGUUAACCCCAACAUUGAUGCUUCUUAAUCCCUUCAGACUGUUCACCAUUGGAAAUUAGUCCAUCUCUCUUUUUUGUUUAAAAGCAAUAAAAAUGAUGAAUUUACAAUAAUUUCCUCUCACUGUAUGCAGUUUAUGGACAUGGUAUUACAGCAACUGGUGCAUUAUGUAUAUGUUGCAUUGCUUACGUGACUCUUAAAUUAUAUUGACAUUCUGAUGCAUUUUUAUAUUUUGAGAAUUAUUGGCUUACAUUUUUGGGACACAACAGCAUAAAAGAUAACAUUUUAAAAGAGUAGGGGGUUAAA